GCAGAUAUGUUUUUUUGCGUUCACAGGAUACUAUAUGUAUAUCGAGACGUCGUUCCCCCGAGUCGCCGGUGAUAACGCAAAGCUUGAGUUUGCUGUACCUGGAAAUGGAAGAUUUUCUUGUCUCGAGUUCUAUUAUCACAUGUAUGGAGACACUAUGGGCACUCUUACAGUCUUCAGCGGAAGUGCGGUAGUUUUUAACACAUCAGCUAACCAUGGCAACACUUGGAUAAAGGCGGAGAUUACCAUUCAUUUGGAUAGCAUUGUGACAUUUGAAGGAAUAGUAGGAUCCUCUUACACGGGUGACUUAGCGAUCGAUGAUGUCUCAAUUAGCACUGGAAGCUGCCAGGGGCACACUGCAUCUCCAACGUUUUCCACAACGCCCAUAUUUUCGCCUUCAGUGAUGUCAGAUCCAUCGACGUCUAGUCCUUCCUCUAGCCAAGCUUCAUCGUCUUCAGGGCCAUCGACUUCUAGUCCUUCCUCUAGCCAAGCUUCGUCGUCUUCAGGGCAAUCCACAUUUAGUCCUCCCUCUAGCCAAGCUUCUUCGUCUACAGGGCAAUCGGCGUUUAGUCCAUCCCCCAAGGGACCUUCAUCCUCUUCUUCCUUGCCUUCGUCUUCUUUAUCAGGUACUUCCAUAUCCUCCAUUGCUCCUCCAACACCAUCAGUAGAAGAAGCACAAGAGACUGUCGAGAUGGAAAUUCGAGACCUAAAUAUCGACGAGUGGAAUGACCAAAUGGAAAGUGACUUUAAAAAAGAAGUUGCAAGGGCAGCGACAGAUUACUGUGCUUUUGACGGAACACGAUGUGGAUUUACUACAUCAAGUUCUCGGCGAAAGCGGUCGUUUGACAAAAUUGUAUUUACCAUCGAUAUGGUUCACAUUUUUCCUGGUUAUCCAAAGGAAUCGACAGAUAAUCCUUCAAUCACCUUGUUAGCAUUUUAAUUGCAACUUCCUCAGGGGAUCUCAGAUAAUAUCAUCAACAAAGACGUCCUAAAAGCCAUCGUGGAAAGUAAUGAACAGAGUAUUGGAGGAUCAGUGGGCGGUACCAUCGUAAGCGUCCAGCCUUUAGCCUCCACUACAGAAACAACAGAAGAAAGUGACAAGGAACCAAAACCAGUGAAUGCCAUUAUUAUAGGAGCUUCUGUGGGUGGUGUUAUGUUGGUCGUUGUUAUCUUAAUUGCUCUUCUUUUCCGUUUCAAGAGAAGGAAAAGAUUAAUUGCUGCAAAGAAGAAGGCGGGCUAUGGUUUCAACAAAAAUGUUUACCUUAACGAUGCUUACUGCGUCGGUCCUGGAGAGCAAGACAUCGAAAUGAAGUGUUGUGAUCAAGCUUUUUCAGCUGGUAAUGUACCUGAUUUUGGGGAGCACAGUUACGCGGCCUACAAUGAUCUGCACCCAUGUAGUAAUCACUCAGGAGUGGUCCUUAAGUUUCCAGACUCUCUAGCAGGAAAGAACAGUGAGGAUGUUGCUGGACCUAUCUACCAAACACCCGAUAGUGGAGCUGAUACACUUAUCUACCAACCAAUCAACAGUGGAGGAGAUGCACCUAUCUACCAACCACUCAACAGUAAUCGAAAGUCAUCUGAAGUCUGAGCUGAGAAAACCAGUUAGGGAAAUGCAGCACCUGUCUGCCAAUCACCGAACAAUGGAGUUACUGCAUCCAUCUACCAAACACUCAACAAUAUACCUAAGUUUUGUGAGGCCUAGGUAGAGAGCAGUCAGGGAGACGUUGCCAAGUUCACCGGGCAGCUGACCCAAUAACGGUAAUUCCAAAGAUCGAAACUAGGCAAAAGAAAAAAGGAAAAUCAAAAUAAUAAUAAUAAUAAUAAUAAUAAUAAUAAUAAUAAUAAUAAU